CGCAUUCGCACAACUACUACACGUUGAUACCCCAGUCGACCGCCACAUAACCCACAAUGGUAUCUGUGUUUGCCGAUAGACCGCUCAAGAAACUGGUCCUCUUCGAUAACGACGGCACGCUGACUCCGGCAAGACAAACAGUGUCGCUCGAGAUGACUCAAAUUUUGCGAGCAUUGCGCAAGAAGGUUGUCAUCGGCGUCGUGUCGGGCUCCGACUUCGUCAAGGUCUCCGAGCAGCUUGCAGUCACCGGCUCGAGCGUGGUCGAAGAGUUCGAUUAUAUAUUUGCUGAGAACGGUCUGACUGCGUUCAAAAACGCGCAGCCUCUACCGUCCCAGUCCUUCAUCAAGUACAUUGGAGAAGAACGAUACAAGAAACUAGCAAAUUUCAUCCUCCAUUACAUCGCGGACCUCGAUAUUCCUAUCAAGAGGGGUACGUUUAUUGAGUUCCGUAACGGCAUGAUCAACGUCAGUCCCAUUGGGCGAAACGCAACGGUACAAGAACGACACGAAUUCGAGGCAUAUGACAAGCAACACGGUCUACGGGCAGCUUUCGUCGAUGUUCUCCGUGAGAAAUUCUCCGACUACGGUCUGACGUUCUCUAUCGGUGGGCAAAUUUCAUUUGAUGUCUUUCCGAAUGGCUGGGACAAGGUGUACUGCCUACGACACGUGGAAGACGAGCAAUUUGAGGAAAUCCACUUCUUUGGCGACAAAACAUAUAAGGGGGGGAACGACUUUGAGAUAUACACCGAUCCACGAACGAUUGGGCACUCUGUUACAAGCCCCGCAGACACGGCGCGGCUUCUCAAGGAACUGUUCUUGCCAGAGCUCAAGUAA